AAUGAUUCAAAAGGUCAUGCUAAACCGACUUGUAAAGUGCCUGAUGAGUCAAUUCCAAAAGAAUUAUCUAAGGUCAUGGGGGUCUCUCUAGGACCAUCACCUACCUCUCUAUUCUUGACUUUGUCGAGAAUGAAUGUGCAAGAAAAGCAAAAAAAGAAAAAGAAACUAUUAAAGUCUAAAUCUAUUCAAAAUUCUGACUUACCUGAAAUUUUGGUAGUAGGUUUCUGCCAAAACUUCUUACUAGAUAUUUCACAUAAUCUAAUUGCUUCGAUUAAAAAAUAUCAUAUAGAAUCAGAAGAAUCUAUACAUGAAUCAGAAAAGCUCUUUGCUCUCAACACACUUCACUAA